UUGUGUUUAGAUAGCGUGUUGAUUAAUGAGCGAUGGUUGUUGUGAUAAACUAAGACUGACGGUAGAUAGUAAUUGUAGAGAAGUAUGGAUAUUGAUUCAGCUCGGGUGUUAAUUGAUAUGAUUUCAAAAGAUAUGGGCCUGUACAGCGAUAUAGUGAAUGUUGUAGGCGCUCUUUACAUAGGAAAGAUUGCGCUUUCCUUAUUAGUAAAAACAGUGAAAUAUUGCCGACUGUAUAUAAAAUAUAGUGUAAAUGGAACGAGGAGUUUGGUGAAACAGUACGGGGAAUGGGCAGUGGUUACUGGUGCUAGUGAUGGCAUUGGACGUGCUUAUGCAGUUGAAUUGGCAAAACGUGGAAUGAACAUUGUUCUUAUAAGCCGUACUGCAAGUAAACUGCAAAAUGUUUCAGAAGAAAUAGCCAGGCUGUAUGGAGUAAAGACUGAAAUAGCAGUCACAGAUUUCAGUAAAGGUUAUGGAGCAUAUGAAGAUGUGAAGAAGAAACUUAGUGAAUUGGAUGUUGGAAUUUUGGUAAACAAUGUUGGUGUUAUACUAGAAAAACCAAUGUGUUUUAUUGACAUGACAGAAGAUGACAUAAAGAACCACAUUAAUGUCAAUAUAAUUCCAUGCAGUAUGAUAACAAAGAUGAUAUUACCUCGUAUGAUGGAAAGGAAAAAAGGAGCUAUAGUAAACAUAGCCUCUACUGCUGCUCUGCAGCCUACACCAAUGUUUGCUGUUUAUUCAGCAACUAAGGUGUAUAUGGAUUACUUUUCUCAAGCACUGCAGUAUGAAUGCAAGGACCAUAAUGUUUCUGUCCAGACCUUAAUACCUUGGUUCGUAAACACAAAAAUGGUAGGAUACAGCAAACAAUUGCAAAACUCAUGGUUUGUACCAAAUGCUGACAAAUAUGCAAGGCACGCAGUAAGGACCUUGGGAAUAGCUGAACGCACAACUGGUUACUGGCUACAUGAUUUAAUUGCAUCAAUCGUAUCCAGCACGCCACCUUGGCUCUAUAAAUUUCUCUCUGUCAGAGGACUGAAACAUCUCUCUAAGUCUCAUGUUAUGUGAUGAUUAUGAUGGUGUGAUUAUUAUGCGGAGCAUAAUUGCCUUCCUAAGUAUACAACUGCAUUAAAUUCAUAUUUAAGUAUGAGCCCUUUUUGUAAUAAUAUGAUAUUUAAUUUUUGGUUCAGAUUCAUGUGAGUUGGUGAGCUUCACAAUGGAAGAGCAGGAAGAACAUUUAUGUAGUAGUAAAUCUCUAGUUACCAUGCCAUGUAAGUGUGCCAUAAACAUUGGAGUCUAUAAAGCUCUAUUUGAUAGUUUUAAGCCAUACUAAUGGUUUCUUUGUAUCUGUAAUCAGUAACAGUAGAUAUAAGAAUGAGUGUUGUGGGCCUUAAAUGGGCAAGUAAAACUGUAAACUGGUGUUGACAUAAUGGCAGUACAUUUGCUGAGUGAUGCAUGCUUUUACUCCUGGUAUGCAUUACUAUUGAGCAGUUUCAUUGAGAUGGAAAUGAACUCGCAAGUUCUCCAACCUUUACCUCUACCUUUCUUAAUCUAUUUUGCAUUAUUUUCUCAGAAUCACUGCUAUGGAUGAACUUGUCAUAUGAAGUUAAAAACAAAAUGUGAUUUGGGGUUUGUGCUUAAAUUUUCAAAUAGUCACUUAUGCUUUUAAGAGAAAUUUAUAAUUAUGUUCUCAGUAGCAAGCACCACUUCUGAUAAAGAUUCCCUAGAAGCUUUUCAUGACAAAUUCCGUGUUAUUGAAACAGUUAUUGUUGCUAAUAGUUCUUAUUUCAAGGUGAGUGGGGUGGCUGAUAAAUGCUGUCACAUGGGCUGUUGACUAGUUGUACUCACAGGCACUUGGGGUGAUGACUCGUUUCCAUAGCAGCAUGUAUCUCAGAAGCAGCUGUAUUGUACAGAUUCCAGCCAGUUGAAAGCAACUUGGGACUGCGUGCUGUUGGGCAAGGUUGCCACAAAUUUCACCAAACAGAGUGCCAUCUUGUGUUUGAUGCCACAAGUAAGUGUGUGAUGCUCUCACCACAUGGUGGCUGUUUCCUGACGAGAGUUGCCUGCCAGAGUAAGCACUCAGUCAAACUGUUUAUUAUGUUGUCUAGGCUAGUAGUGUAUUUACUUCAUGUCUUAACCGUAGAAAAACAAAUAGUAAGGUGAUCAGGAACAAUAACAUAAUUACUUACAUGUCUAGUAACAUGAGAAAAUGUAGACAAUGAAUAGGUAAUUCCAGUGAGAUAUUUUUAAUAGCUUUCUAUAUCGCACUGUAAUGCCCACUUCUGUGAUUUAAUGUGUGUCAGUUUACAAAUUGCCCUGAAAAUGCAGGCUAUCAGUUUUAAGGACAGCCUGAACGGAUAAGGCAGCACUCUGCAGGGCUGCAUGGAGCAUUUUGAUGCCCCUCUGAUACUCAUUUCAUAUACUUAUUUUUGGGUCAAUACUUGUGUAAACAUUCCCAUGAUAAACUCUUUAAGGUAUGUGAAUUGAGAUUGGAGUGACCAAACAUAGCAGUUCUAUCCCCACCACACACACUGUGCUGAAGCCAUCAAAUAAGAUGAGUGGUACUAAUAGGUAUAGCAUGAAAACAUUUGUGAGGCAUGUCCAUUUUCUGUAGUACUUAUAUCAUAUGUUAAAAAAAGCACAUAGCACUAAUAAGGGCUCACAGAAUAUUCAACUCCCAUGACACAGUUUGUACAGUGCUUGUCAAUUUUUGUUUGCAUGCAAAAUAUGCUCAGGUCUAUAAUUUUCAAGUGGAGUUCAUAAACUGAUAACUAGCAGAUUAAUAAAUAAAAAAUAAAACAAAGUACUGGGCUGAACAAAUGCGAUUUCUUAGAAGCAUUUAGAAGAAACAUACGUAAUAUGUGAGUUGAAUUGUUUGAAGUGAUUAUCAGCAUUUUUCAAGUUGUAAUAAGUGAGUAUGUACUGAUUAUAAUCUUUUUGGAGGCAUUGUCAGAUCGUGUUCUCGUUUCUCUGUGACAAUUUGGUGACGGAAAUUACUGUUGUGUUUGAUUGAUUUGUUAUCAUUAGGUGAUUCCUAAUGCUCAAGUAUCUCUUGAAGAUGAUGUCAAAUUUUGUUUUCUUCCUUAUUGAAGUCAUAAUUUUCUAACUGACUGCCUGAAAAAUAUAAGAGUAUAUUUUUACUGUUGUUGUGACAAAACACUAGUAACAAGGUGCCAUGAAAUUAACUGCAGAAUAGAUUUUAUUAUUGCCAUAUGUUGUGCCAAACAAAAUAGUUUGCUGUACAUUGUUUCACCAUGAAGGCAUUUGUAAUUAUUGUUAUGUCAUAUUGCAUAGUUUCAGGAAGGGCAAAUCACAAUUACUUUUCACAUUAACAUAUGAUUGAUGACAAUAGAAGACAAUGAAUGAAGGCACUUGCAAUUUAAUGUAUCUUCCCUUUCAGUUAUUUUAGAAAACAUAACAACAAAAUAUAUAAAAAAAAAAACCUUCUCUCUGCUAAUGCAGUCAUUCAGGGACUGCAUUGUUUAAGCUUCUGCUUCAUUACAGCUUAAAUUUUUCAGUUGGAAUAAGUAACUUUCCUAGCUGAAGUGAUUAGUUUCUUUGUUGUUGUAAAACAGCUGUCAUUUGAAACUGGAUGCAAGGAGAGAGUGGUGUACACCUGUUUCACAGAUAGUUCAUUGUCAUUUAAUACGGGUACUAAUGGUGGGAUUGAAUGUUACCCACUGAUAGCUUUAUAUUCUGUAAAAUUUAGUUUUGUUGAUUAUUUCAAGUCACAUGACUGAAACUGCAAGGAAGUUAAUGAAGGUUUCAUUUGCAGUGUUAUUAUAUUUAAAAAAUGGGUGACUAAAUGUAGAAACUUCAGCAUUUCAUGAAUGACGAUGUUGUGUGAAAAAUGUUUGAGUUAAGGUGGAAGAUGGAGUUAUUUCAUUGAAAAUUAUUACUUAAUUGCUUGUGUAUCACUAUAUGUAAUACAGUCAGAGAUUUAAUUCUUGUCAUAUCAAUAUAUGUUUUCAUUUUUAAAUGAAAUCGUCAAAAACUA